UUCUACAGUAUCAUGAGUGCACUUAAUCUUAUCUUUGCUGUUCAUGGUGUCAUCCAAAGUGCGAUUGCAAUCCAACUCUUACUGUUGCCCCACGCUGUUGAUUUUUUCUUUAACCGAGUAUUGGAUAUCACACAUGUUUUGUUGAUUCGCUUUUACGGUGCAGCUUUAGCUAGUGUUGGCAUCAUUAGUUUAUUAUGUCGAGAUAUGCCCAAUAUGUUGCCCUGUAAAAGAGGAGCAGCUUGUGGAUUUAUGUUUUAUCACAUGAUCAUGACUUUUGUGGUAUUUCAAUCCCGUCUUGAGGGUCCAUUGUCUUUGAAUGCAAGUUAUGCCCUUUCUGCUUUCCAUGGCUUACAGACAUUUGUUUUGUAUGCUUGGUACACAGCUACUGCAAGUCAAGUCAAGGCGUUUUUAAAACAGACUGACACUACGAAACAACAAAAAAAAAGUAACUGAUAGAGAAUAAACGCCCCUUUUUUUUUUAGUAAAGA